GUAUAUUUCAGCCAUCUCAUUUGAUAAGCCACGUGUUUUGGGGUCAGUGCAUUGUAUAAUGAAUACGCUGUUGCUGUUCUUCGUUUGCAUGGUUGUUUUGGUUAUACAAAGAACACAAUCUGAAGUAUUGCAUUGCUCGGGCGGAUGGGUACAACAAUGUAACCUAGACGCAAACCACAAAAUACACUGCAUCUGCGUUCCAACGACCCCUACUUGGACCCCUUGGGGUGAAUGGACGUCCUGUACCGUUACUUGUGGGGAGGGGAAUCACACACGAUACCGAAGUUGUAUAGGUCCACGUAAUGGUAAAUGUGUGGGGCCCACGGAGGAUACACAGACGUGUGCAGGGAUGACGCUGUGUCCAGGUACUUGGGGAAAUUGGGGUGCCUACAAAGAAUGCUCUCAAACCUGUGGUGGAGGACUUCAGAUAAGGUCUCGGAACUGUUCAGCAGAGAACGGGUCCUUCUGUGUCGGAGACUCCAUUUCUGUGUCAACCUGUAAUACCCAAAUAUGUCCUGGUCCAGGUGUUUGGGGAAAAUGGAGUGCGUACACAGAUUGCUCUAAAACCUGUGGCGGUGGACUUAGGACGAGGUCCCGGAAUUGUUCGGCGGAGAGCGGAUCCUUUUGUAUCGGGGACUCCCUUCAAUCAGCUACUUGUAACACCCAAAAGUGCCCUGGUCCUGUUGAUGGCGUGUGGUCGGCCUGGGGCAGCUUUGGAGCCUGCAGUGUAACCUGUGGGACAGGGAUCAGAUUUAGAACAAGAUCAUGUUCUAACCCAGCACCAACAAAUGGUGGAUCCGAUUGUUCUGGACACAGUGAAGAUGCAGUGAUAUGUACAGAACAGUUAUGUCCAGUGGAUGGUGGUUGGUCAGAGUGGAGUGGCUAUUCACAUUGCAGUGUCACGUGUGGAAAUGGUUUUAAAAUACGAAGGAGAACGUGCACAAAUCCGCAACCUAGCGGCGGUGGCGCCGACUGUGUAGGGGUGAAUGAACAGGGACUGCUGUGCACAAAACAGGCAUGUCCAGUUGAUGGUGGAUGGAGUGUCUGGUCUGAUUACAAACAGUGCAGUGUAUCCUGUGGUGGUGGUCACAGACUGAGACAUAGGUCAUGUGACAAUCCACCACCAUCUUAUGGGGGACAAGACUGUCCUGGAAACUCCACAGAGUCCGAAAUGUGUAAUAUCUCACCUUGUCCAGACUGGAGCACUUGGGGGACGUAUAGUGCGUGCUCUAAAUCAUGUGGAGCAGGGUUUCGAUAUAGGUUUCGAACAUGUCCUGUCCAGAACAAAACUUUAUGCAUUGGACUGAAUUAUCAGUACGCUUCCUGUGAUCUUGGAGCAUGUUCAGAACCGUUUGGAUAAAAUAAUGUAUACUUUUCACAACAAAAACGUUGGACCUUGCAUGAAACAUUUGAUUGUUGUUUAUUCGUACACGUGAUCGAUUUUUUUAAAAUACACAUUACGUUAUACUUACACAUAGUUAUGUUGUUUUCAAAAAUAAAAUCUUAUGUAUACA